AUGGCUUCCUCCUCUCACAUUGCCCACGAUCACCAUAUGAACGAGCCGGCUAUGAAGCUGGACUCAUUUAUGUAUGACAACUCUGGCCUCACAUCCUACUCUGGCGAUUUCGUUGGUCUGGAUGAUAUCGACUUCAUUGGUUAUUUGGCGUUGGGACCUGGGCCGACUCUGUACCCUCUAUAUUGUCGACCGGCGCUACAUAAUGCUUUGAAAGUGCACAUUUCUCUAUAUGCUUAUGUGCUGACACCAGUCGUCCAUCGUUCGGCCUUGGAAACCGAUCAGGGCACAGAAGUUCCCAUCUACAUUAGUUCUUUUCAUGCUACGAAUGCGCAUUUAAAUUUGCCUGCGAGGUCCAUGAGGGUAGGUCCCGAUAACCAGUUCUAUGUUGUGUACGACUGUCUUGGUCCUGACAACUCCACCACUGUCGUCCAUCCCGCCCGGCAUCCUACUGGUCAUUACCCUUGGUCCAACAUUGACCUCGCAGUCCUUGCAGCCACAUCAGAUGCCUGCGACAGUAGUGGUGUUGCGAUCGUCCCUGGUUCUUCCACCCUCAUGACUUCGGACGACGUAACUGAAGCCGACAGUUUAAACGAUGCCUUCAUGUUGGAUGAGUCUUGCGGCGACGAACAUUCGACACCCGGAGACCCAACCAGUGCCCAUGCAUCCCAAGCAGCCACGUCGAACCCGCCGACUAUCUAUUCAUGGAUUUCAUACUCAGGCAACAUGUUAAGCACCGCUGCCAGUACCCACGCAAAUCGCAAAUCAACUGCCACUUCCAAGGGGAAAAAAGCGAAAAAAGUUGUUGUACCCGAAGGGGGCCUCAAGAGAGUCAUGAAUACUUAUCCGAAGUGGAAAUUGGCCCUUGCCUACCUCUGGGUUCUCCUACGGAUAGCAGUUUGCGUUGGUGAAAUCUCAAACCCCCACAAGCUCACUUUCGAAAAUCGGGCAGAAGCUAUUCGCAAUGUCUGGCCUCGGGCCCUCCUUCGGGCUAAUAUUAAUUCCUGCGAUUUGGAAGAGGUGUUGUCGCUUACCACUAAGACUGCUAUGUCUCAUGAUGAUGUAUUGAAACUCGCCAACCCAUCACUCUCAGAGUUUGUCUACGAUACCAAGCGCUUGGCGUCAUGCUCGAUCGGCCAUGCCCAGGCAGGCUUCAACCUUGACGACUUAGGUGCAGGCAUCUUAUUGCUCGACAUGAUUCAAAAUCUGCUCCAGCAGUUCAUCAGACCAAAAUCGAAUGUUCUGCCAAUUAGAGCAAACGGUUUUGCUUGGUUCCUCACCCACCAAAUUGCCAAAGAGAUUAUGUGGCACGUUAUUUUUCGUUCAACUAGCACACACGCUGUUCGACUGGUGUUGGCUGAUCUGGAGCCGACAACGUUUAGGAAUGUAGAUCACCCACCCUUUCCAACUAUGUCAUUUCUGGGGUCCAGUUGUUACGGUGCUCUCCUGCUGAAAUACGCAACCUUAACAAAAAUACCCGUCGAUCUACUACAAUAUCCACACCCGGCCCAGGUGUACGAAGAGCUCUGCGAGACGGCUGUCACACUUGUCAACGAGCGCGAUGACGAGGGUCACCCCGAGCUCAUGUUCAGCUUGGCCCAAUUGUGCAACAUUUUCCUUUCUUCUGCAGAUGUUCUAUCCGCCUUCCCUGCAUCUACAUCUGCCAUCGUCCACCACCAAACCUCUUUCACCUAUCAUCAAUCAUCCGUCAAACUUAUGACCCACACCCAAUCCUCCUCGUCUAUCUCUUCGACCCAAUGUCUUGUUCGUGUUCCUCGAAGCAUAAUGGCUGGUCCAUCAAGGCGACACAUACCUUCUAUUACCUCUGCUUUCCUUGCUGGUAUUGAUAUGACUCGUGCGGAGAACGAGACUGGCUCAUUCUUGAUCAACGGCCCGCCAGACGAAGCUGCAGCCAAGUUUCUCCGCCGAAUCUCCGAGUUCAAUCGCUUCCAAGGUCAGUACGCCAUUGCGUCCAAAUUAGGACGAGGUCGAAGUGCAUCAUCGCUUCCAAAAUUCUGGUAUUAUAGAGUCAAAGCAUUCAACGAUCCUUCUUUUUCUACGUCCCAGUCACCUUCGAAAACCCACUUCGUUGAAAUAGAACACGCCGAGAAUGCCUUGAGAUUUUGGCUCCAGAACUUCGGGGCAGAAAUUCUUCCACACUCCCUCUACACUACAGCUUCUGUGCUGUUUGAAUCGGUCGACCCACACGAUCUGAUAGCUCUCCUUGACAUAAGCAUCAGGGAAAUCGCCAUGCAGACGCAGCUCCAGCAAGAGGACAGUAACACGGUACUCUUUCUCCAAAGAGGGAGAUGCUUUAUGGAGGAGAGAAUGUAUCGAGCACAAAUGGAGGUUUCAUUAUUCAGUAAAGCUAUGGCAAACUUGUGCGAGAAACUGAACACUACAACUAAUUCAACUAAUUCGCCUCCAUCGCUUGCUCCAAAGCUCCCCCUGGACGCUGUCGACUAUGAAGGAGUAUGUCAAGAAUCUCCCUCAGUCAAAUUCGACUGUCCCAGAUGCAUCGAGGCCGUCCGAUCCAAAUGCAUGGCAUGGCUUUCCGCCUGCCGCGAGGCAUCGCUUCUGACAUCGUCACGUUUUCAUGACACUACAGCAGUUGGUAACAAAGCUAGCCGAGUACUUAUUGACCCCCCGCAACAUGUACACGAUUCUUGCCGCCAUGAAAACCUCUCAAAGCCGGGCAAUCCAAUUCUUCACCUACCUGGUUACUUGAAAUCCCGCGUUGAUGAUAUGGCACGUCGUGCAUACGUGAGCGCAUGCCUUGCGGAAAUCAACAGACCUCUAGGCACCGGUACCGGUAGCGAUAACAGUAACCACUUCAGAGCAGAGAGUAAAACACUGGACGAACUCAAGUAUGACUUCUGUAUUAUGUAUUUGAAGAAGCAACGCGCACAGUCCGAAGUGGACAUGUUUGCUGAAGCCAUAGCACGCACUGUUGAAGGCGCAUCUUCUGCCAGUGCUACGACGAUCGAACCACCUCUACUUGACGAUGAUUGGUUUGACGGUUGGAACUCAACCUCGUCCCUAUCUUCCGAUAUUUAUGCACUUCUGUGA